AAUAUGGAUCUCAUAAAUAUACUAACAAAUAUGUGUUUUAUAAAAUCCAGAUUUUAUGAAGAAUAAAAAAGAGAGUAAAAUCUGGAUUUUUGGAGAUAUAUGUCAUGAACAAUCAGUAGAUACCCCAACUGGGAAUGCUUUAUAAGUAAUCAAUCUAAACACAUAGUAACUUGAAAACAAAAUACCUAAAUGGCGAAUAAGGAGAAGCUUCCAUGGGAUUUGGAGGAAGAGAUCCUAUCUCGUGUCCCUCCUACUUCUCUUGUCCGAUUCAAAACCGUUUGCAAACGAUGGAACAGUCUCUUCGACAACAAUGCAUUCAUCAACAACCACAAGAUGACGUUUCAAUUCAUUUUAACAACUAGAUCCAAGAUUUAUUCGGUUAGCGUCAAUCCCAAGGUAGAGGUGCGUGAGUUAACCCUAAAUACUCCCGGUUUAAAACCUCAGAUACCUAUAAGCUUGGUUGAUACCAGUGGAUUCUUGCUUUGUGGCAUGGGUGAAGGAGCCGUGGUUUGGAACCCUUGGUUAAGACAGACUAGAUGCAUCAAGCCCGAGGUUAACCAACCUAGUUUGGAUUUUAUUGGCAUAGGUUAUGAUAAUAAUAAGAGAGUUGAGGAAAUUGUUUACAAGACCCUUUCGGUUUAUAUGAAGGGCUCUUCUCAUACAUGGAAAAUCCAUGACUUUGCCUCCGAUGCGUGGAAAGACCAAGAGUUUAAUAAAGAAGAAUAUAGUAGAAGUAUUACUCUGGGAAUUAAAAACCGUUUUAUUGUUGACUUAACAAGUGUUGUUUCGGUGAAUGGAACUUUGUAUUGGGUUGCUUAUAAUGAUGACAAGACUCAUGAUACUGACCUCUUCUCGUUCUACGUACUUAGCUUCAAUUUUUCUAGCGAAGAAUUCUUGAAGUUUUGUGAUCUACCAAGUGGGAAGAACCAUGCUCGCGAUGCUCUUGUCCUAAGUGUUUUUAGGAAAGAUCGGUUUUCGUUGUUGAAGCAGUGCCAUGAAACAAAGAAGAUAAAGAUUUGGGUGACCAAGAACAAGAUUGAUAAUCAGUACGGUGGGGAUGUGAAAUGGAUGAGUUUCAUGGAGGUGUCAAUUCCUAACAUGUCGAAUUUAGUACAAACCACAUUCUACUAUCAGCCAAGUUACUUUAUUGACGAUAAAAGGCUCGUCAUUUGUUCUUGUGAUGAAACUGGUCGGGCUUGGAUCUAUGUUGUGGGGGAAAAUAAGUUGAUCAAUAAAGUUCACUUGGAUUCUGUGGCCGAUCCUUGGCCUUUGCAUUUUACUUAUUUUCCCAAUUUGGUCCUAAUUCCUGGAGGUCAAAGAGAAGAAGCAGAAUUACAAGUUCAAUUUUCUUACGAUUUGUUUCUUUUUUGGUUUUCUUCUACAAUUUUUUCUCUUAUCUUUUUUCGUUUUUGGUUUAAUUUAUAAGGAAGUUCUAAACCCUUAGCCUGUAAUCUCUCUUGGCUUUGGAUCCGGCUUUAGUUCUUUAUUUGGUUGUUUCGGAAGCUAAAACUUCGUUUAGCGUUUUCUUUUGGCAAAAUAAAUUAUUUUUGAUAGUCUAAAACAGACUAGAUUGAAACAUGUUUAGUGGACUCAGUUUAACUCUA